CAGCGUCUUCACAUACCAUAACCCGCGACGCAGCAACUCUUCUGCUACUACAAGCCUCUGAUUUAUCUCUAAAAUCAUGUCCUCAGCACCGCUCAAAAACAUCAUCAUAGCAGGAGCCACCGGCUCCGUCGGCGCUCCCAUCCUCUCUGCCCUCCUCGCCGAACCCUCCUUCAACGUCACGGUCCUCACGCGCGCCAGCUCCUCUGCAAAAUUCCCCUCCGGCGUCCCCGUCAAACAAGUCUCAGACGCCUUCACCGUUUCUGAGCUCACAGAGGCCUUCAAGGGUCAGGACGCCGUCGUAGCCGCCCUUAGCACAACACCCGUAACCAAAGAUGACCUCGCAUUCCGCAUCAUUGAUGCCGCUGUAGCAGCCGGAGUCAAGCGCCUAAUACCUUCAGAAUUCGGCACUAAUAAUCUGGAUCCGAGGGCGCGCUCGCUGGUCCCAGUGUACGACCUGAAGGGCAAGAUGCUAGAGUAUCUGAUCAAGAGAGCGAAAGAGUCAAACGGCGCGCUCACGUGGACGUCUAUCUCCUGCGGCUCGUGGCUCGACUGGGGCCUCGACCCCGCCAAGUCCGGAAACUUCCUCUACGUCGACGUGAAGCAUCGCAAAGCAACCAUCUGGGACUCCGGCCUCUCCCGCUUCGCCGUCACAACUUCGACCGGUACCGGCCUCGCUGUCGCAAAGGUGCUGCUGAACCCCGAGCUCACUGCGAACAAGCAGGUUUUCCUCUCGGACUUUGUGACGAACUCGCGUGAAAUUGUUGCGAGCUUGGAGAGGCAGAUGGGCGAGAAGUUCACGGUUGAAGAGAAAGAGUCCGGCACUGUCAUUAGGGAGCUGAGAUCGAAGUUUGAUGCUGGGGAUUUCAAUGCGACCUACCCACUGCUCGCGCUCAGCUUUGUAGCAGACGUUGAUGUGGGGUACGACUUUGAGAAGGAGCAGGAAGUUUGGAAUGGGAAGCUGGGCCUCCCGAAGCAGACUCUUGAUGAGGUAGUCAAAGGAGCUAUUGAGUUGGCGAACAGCACAUAGUCGGAGAGCACGACCUGGAAGUAUAUCGCCUAACGUAAUGUGCUUCAAUCUCCAAGACACAUGUUCCUUUCUCGCUAGCCCACUCACGCAGUACUAGCUCCGAAUGUUCUCCCAUGUAUACUGCUGAAUAUGACUAGAGUCCCGGUCUUGCC